AUGCACCAUGGCGACUUCCAUAAGCGGCAACUCGUCUUAAGCAUAAAAGGUUUCCAAUUAUGCUAUUUUGGGGCCCAACAAGAAUUUUAUGGUGGAGCUGGGUAA